GAAAACUUCUCAUGAAACAGAAACCUAGAUGAGGGUAAGGAUUGCAGCUAUCGGGGUCGAUUAGACCUCUUGAUAGUGAUUCCCACAGUUCACAUCAAGCCAGAGCAAGGAUUUGAACUAGUUGUAUAUGACAAAAUCAAAAGACACUGUUUCUUGCUUCUAGUAAGCCAAGCUGAGAGCAGAAGCUACAAAUCAUUUUGUUCAAACCCUGAACUCUCCCUUUUCCCCUGCUUCUCUUUUGCUUGCAGCUGACUCCUCCUUCCUGCAGAUUCCAGGAUCACAGGCUGAUUAAAGAACACAAAGGUUUGAUGGGAGCCUGUGCUCCUCAGGCUCAGCAGUCUCUCUCUCUCUCUCUCUCUCUCUCUCUCUCUCUCUCUCUCUCCCCUCUCCCCUCCCUGAGCUGAGACCUACCUGACAGCCUCUGCCUUUGAAUCCAGCUCUGAGCACAGAUGCAUCUUUUUAUUUAUUAUUCUCCCAAGUGAUUCCAUCAAACUGGAGAUCCUUCUUAGGAAAAGACCCACAUAGCAUCCAGGCAUGAACACUUUGCAAUCUGCCUGAGGAGUUCCUGCUUGCUUUUCUGAAAUUUGGUGGGUGGAAAGAAGUUUCUGUUGGAUUUAUUUACUUAAAAUAUUGAAAAGUUUCUUAUUGCUGCCUGAAAUGGAGCACAGCUUUAAAACAUGGGUUGAGACAGAUCUUUCUACCGGAGACAUGUCUGGACCAACACAUGGAACAUCUAGAAAAACUUGGCAAGAGAAGUGACAUCUGCUUUGCAACUCUCACGCUCGGAGAAAAUCAUCAGCCUCGUUGAAGAGGGAAAUUAAAAUACUAAAGAAAAUGUCUUUCUUUCUCAGCAACUUAACAAAUGACUCUAACCUGUGGAGAGCAAGUCAUAAUUCUACGGAAACGGACCUUAUGAAUUCGCCAGCAACUCUGACUCUUUCUCUUUUUUGUCUGAUCUGUAUAAUGACUCUCGCAGCUCUGGUGGGCAGCAUUUUCUCACUGGUUUCGCUGCUAACCAUGCAAUACAGAACUGUUUUGUCCAUGCUUGUGACAUCUUGGUCUGUGGAUGAUCUCUUGAGCGUCUUGUCAGUGGCCAUCUUCAUGGUUUUGCAGUGGCCAAAAGGGGCACAGGGCUACUUCCAGUCUCUGUGCACCACCUCUGCCUUACUGUAUAUGUGCCAGGGCCUCUCCAGCAACUUGAAGGCGACUCUCAUAGUCUUCUACAACUUUUAUACGAUGAACAGGACGGUGGAGAGUCAGUCAAGCUCCUGGCGAUUAGGACAGGUACUUGGUGUGGCUUUAACCGUGUGGGCAGUCAGCCUGCUGCUGGCUUCCCUCCCGCUCUGCGGCUGGGGUGUCUUCGUGCGCACGCCUUGGGGCUGCCUGACCGACUGCUCCAGCCCCUACGUGCUGCUCCUCUUCGCCGUAUACGCUUCCGCUUUCGGGCUCCUGGCGGUUCUCUCUGUGCCUCUCACUCACCAGCUGCUGUGUUCGGAGGAGCCGCCAAGACUCCAUGCCAACUACCAGGAAAUUUCUCGUGGCGCCUCUACUCCUGGGACCCCUGCUGCUGGGGGAAGAGUGCUCUGUCUGUCUCCAGAGGAUGUUGAGAUCCCUGCUCUACGAUGCACUGGGGGAUGCUCCCCGAGCUCCGACCUAGUGUUUGCCCCGGGUCAGCCGGCUGCCUCUGGCGCUGGAGCCGGCAAGCGAGAGAAUCCCGGGACUCCCCAGGGCACCAACAGCUUCCCCUUGAGCCUGGCACAGAAGCGCUUUUCUUUGAUUCUAGCACUGACGAAAGUCAUCCUUUGGCUACCCAUGAUGAUCCACAUGGUGGUAAAACACGUGGUGGGGUUUCAGAGCCUUCCGGUGGAUAUGCUCAGCUUUCUACUAAGCCUGCUGGCCAGCAUUGUAACACCAGUGUUUGUCUUGUCCAAACGUUGGGCCCACUUGCCUUGUGGCUGCAUCAUCAACUGCCAGCCAGACACCUACUCCAUUGCCUUCGAUGGGAAAAAGUCGAAGAGGAAAGGCUUUGAAUUCAAUCUAUCAUUCCAACAAAGUUAUGGACUCUAUAAAAUACCACAUGCAGAUUACUAUGAUGAUGAUGAAAAUUCCAUAUCCUAUCACAACCCAAAAAAAUAUGAGUGUGAAGCUACAAAGGAACCUCGGGGAGACAACCGCAGUGUCUUCAAUACCAUCACAGUAGAAAUCAGCACCACGCCACCGCUGGACAGCGCCACACUGACGGGUGUCAACAAGUGCACCAAUACUGACAUCCCAGAGUCCAAACAGACCAUGAAAGAGGAAAGGGGUGCUUUUUCUGUUAAAACAGAAAGCGAUGUUAACUAUGGAGAAACCACCUCUUUUGACGGUCCAGAGAGACGACUGUCCCAUGAGGAGAGUCAGAAACCAGAUCUUUCAGACUGGGAAUGGUGCAGGAGUAAGUCUGAACGAACGCCUCGCCAGAUUACUAAUCCUAUAAAAUCACAGAAUCUAUUUAUCCAUGAAGACAUGGAGCUUGAGACAGUGCAGAGCCAAACAGACUCACAUAUCUGUUGCGGUCAAAUGUAUGACCCAUGACCUGGCAAACUCAGCAUCAUCUGAGAGUGUUCGCGUUCCGGUGGUGGGCUGGCUAUUCCCAUAUGCGCGUUCCAGGGGACUGUGUCUCUCCAAGCACCUACCGGGAAAACCCUCUCCCUUUCUACUUAUGAGGUCAGCGCAGAAGGGCAAAAGAUAACCCCUGCCUCUAAGAAAAUAGAAGUCUAUCGAUCUAAAAGUGUUGGCCAUGAACCGAACUCAGAGGAGUCUCCCUCCACGUUUGCGGACACCAGUGUAAAAAUACACUUGGAAGUUCUUGAAAUCUGUGACAACGAUGAGGCUCUAGACACUGUGUCAAUCAUCAGCAACAUCAGCCAGUCCUCCACAAAAGUCAGGUCUCCCUCUCUGCGCUACUCACGGAAGGAAAACAGAUUCGUCUCCUGCGACUUAGGAGAAACGGCCUCGUACUCCCUCUUCUUACCCACAAGUGAUCCUGAUGGCGAUAUCAACAUCUCUAUCCCAGACACGGUGGAGGCACACAGACAGAACAGCAGGCGGCAGCAUCAAGAGAGGGAUGGCUACCAGGAGGAGAUCCAGCUGUUAAACAAAGCCUACAGGAAAAGAGAGGCAGAGAGCAAGGGUGAUUAGGAAGUGCUGAGACAGUAGAGGCCAGAAUUGCUGCAAAACAGACCUUAGACUGCAAACCAUAGUCCUGAGACUAAUUUCCCACUUCCUUCUAGUCAUAUGCUCUCAUAACCUUUCCUGGUUUUCCAGUUAUUAUUUUUUUUUGGAUGACCUGCGAUAGUGCAUACAUAAAGUGCAUUUCACAUGUUACUUAAAGAUCAUACACUGUGGUAAUUGACCAGUUUUGUGUCUGAUUUCUAAAAUCUUUCUAAACCCAGUCUUGACCUAGUUUAAUAAUAUUUUGCCUGUUUGUCUAAUGAAUACACUGUUCUCAUGCAUGAGUUUUUGUAUACAUGCUGCUUUUUACUACAAAAGAGAAAAGAGAUGUUCUGGCAAUAGAAAAAGAAUACACCAAAAUUCGGGGUUGUAUUUGAAUAUGGAUUUGUAUCUGGCCAAAGGAGCUUAUUCUAGUUUCUGCUUUAACUUUUCUGUGGUGUAGGAAGUAUGUUCUUAGCUUCUAAGUGGAACUUUGGAAACAUGUGUAUUCCUAAUCUAUGAUUAUUUCACUUGUUGUUAUAAAAUACACGUAGUUUAGUAAGUGGUUCUGCUUGUCUUUCUUUGAAAGGAGACUGGGAGAAAUCCUGUCACAUUAAGUCCUGAGGAGCACACUACUCGAGGCCAACAACCUUCUGGCUAAAGCAGAGGAACCCCCCCCCCCCCAAGUCUAACGAAACGUUCCGGUGCUGAAGUUUGGGAAGGCUUGCUUUGCUGUUCCUGAUGCAUAGAAAAUUUUACUUCAAAUAAUAUUCUAGGUUAAGUACUUUAAGGUUUUUUUUCUUUAAAAACAAUGUAUUAUAUCAAACAAUGAAACAACUCAACAUGUAUGUCCCUAACAGUGAGGAAUAUUUGGAAAGAUUAAUUUCUCAAAACACCUGAUCAGCACACAGCUACUGUAUAUUUCAAAAGUCCUGGUCCUUUAAAAUGACCCUAUUAUAAUGUUUCCAUAAAUAUAUUAAAUAUGUUACCUAAAUAUUUGUUUAUAAAAAGUCAUUGUUGUUUUAUGUGCUCUUAGAUUGUAUAUACCUGCAGUCCAGGCAUAUCUGAUGUUUACAGAUUAAAAGAAUCAUAUUUAAAA